UGAAUACAAACCAAAUACGAUUAACAACUACAACAAUUACAGAGAAAUACAAACAACUGCAACAAAUAUAUGAAGAAGCACAGAUACAAUACGGGUCUAAAUGCCUGUCAAUCCGAAUAGUGUCAGAGCCAUCUGCUGUUAAGAUAGCCAACUACUAGAGUAAUUACUUCUUGAGAUGCUGGAUUAUAGGGGAAUAUGCUCCUUCCAUCUUCAGGGUGGGAGAGGAAGCCAGAUCUAACAGACUGCACGGUGUCACAUCCCAGAAGACAUAAAUCUCCAUAGUCAUUACAGUGAGAACUUCGAAUAUCUCUCUCAAUGUAUAGUUAUGUGUUUUUUGUAACACCAUAUUGCUGCUCAUUCAUGUGCGAUGUUUGCUUUGUAGGCAUUUGCAAGUCACAUGACCUCGGAGACACAGAAGCAGCUGGAACUGCAGAGGUUUCAGGAAGAGCACCUGAAACGACAACAGGAAUACAUUCAGCAGCAACACCACAAAAUUCAGGAACUUCAGUCCCAGAUCACAUCACACUGCAGCCCCAAUAAAGGGCUUAAUAUCCCCAACCCCCAGUCAUUAAUGUUCCUCCCUUUCCUGGAACAGCUACGGGGGAUGCCGCCAGCACCCGGAGGUGUAUCGGUCAACUUACCUCAACUGUCACAUACCGCACCGCCUGUCAGCAAAGCUGUAGCCACAUCUCUGCCGAGCAGUCUGAUCCCCCAUCAGAGCUGGGUAUCCGGACACAUGCCCACAAGUGCCACAGGAUCUACAGACAAGUCAUCACCCCCACCAUUUCAUCCCCCGGCAGCAUCUUCUUCAUCACCACCAUUACCCCCGGCAGAUCCUGAUGCGCCGCUAAACCUCACCAAGCCCAAGGGAGGCUCUGGGACCAAUCUUCAUAGCCUCCCCUUGGGGCUCCACAGCCUGGGUGAGCAACCAGCAGCAGCUACCACGCCCAAACUCUUACCCCCAAGUCUCGUGAUGCCAAGGGCUUUCCUUCCGUAUGGUGCUGUCCUGCCGGCACAUCUCAGCCCACUGCCCCCCUCAGCAGGUAAGCUGGGACUGCCAUCAAGCCCUGGUAUGACACAGGGUAAAGAGGGACUCAUCUCACCUGAGAAGCAUCACCCACACUUUCCUUUACAUAUGUAUGCACUUCCGGGCUCGCAUCUCACUUCCUCAAAAUCUCAUCGAGAUGAACCUUUGUUUAGCUCCAGCAAAGAUGAAGCUGAUUUAGUCACAUGUCCAAUGUGGGGACCUGAUCCAGCGUACAAAAUGCCAGAAGAAAAUAAUGAGAAAGCCAAGAUAGUUAGACAACAAAAGAGGGAAAGCGAGAAUAAGCCUCACAUAAAGCGGCCAAUGAAUGCAUUCAUGGUGUGGGCCAAGGAUGAAAGGAGGAAGAUUUUGAAAGCUUGUCCUGACAUGCAUAAUUCCAACAUUUCCAAAAUACUUGGUGCUCGCUGGAAAGCCAUGUCAAAUUCAGAGAAGCAGCCAUUCUAUGAAGAGCAAUCCCGGUUAUCAAAGCUGCACAUGGAGAAACAUCCAGACUACAGGUAUCGGCCUCGACCAAAGAGGACAUGCAUUGUGGAUGGAAAGAAGAUGAGAAUCUCAGAGUACAAGUCGCUGAUGCGACAACGUCGGCAAGAAAUGAGGCAGCUCUGGUGUCGAGAAGGUGGUCCAGACAUGAGUUUCCUCCCGCCGGAUAUGGCAUCCCCUGGGACGUCUGGUUCAGGUCGCCCUUCUUCCCCAUCCACCAAUGGGGCUGGUCCCAGCUCCUCGGAACAUUCAACUGGUGGUAGUGGUCCAUUUUACUACUCUCCUGAUAGUCUCUCUCCCACAGACGUGCUCAACUUCUCUCCGGACACGUCCAUAUCAAUGGCAUUUGAUGGUAGUCCCAGUGGUAGGCAUCAUGACGAUGACUGAAUGUGUAGACUGGUUCCGGCAAGAUGUCAAGAUACACGGCUGUGCUGGCUCCCUCUGUUACCAUCUUGGUGGAGAGGAGCAUGUUAGUAAGUUUUAGUGUCAUCCGACAUCAAACAUUAUUAUCAGGGCAUAGCAAGAUGCAGUAGAGACAGGGCAGUUUAUGUUCUUCGUACCUUCCGGUAGUGUAGGUUAUGUGUACACAGACUGACAGUAGUACAACAUGGUCCUCAAAUACGAUAUUUUAAAAUGUAGGUAUGUUUCUUCAUAUCUGAGAUUACCAACGCUUCAAUGAUGACUACGAAGUUUACCAUCUUCUUGGAUGUGACUCCAUGUGGCCUGGCAGAUAGUUACCAGCAUUUUAGAUAAACCUCCUGCCUCUUAUCUUCAGGAUAGUUACCAUGCUAUGACUAUGAAAAAGACUGUAAUAUUUGGUCGAUUAAUGCAAAAAGAAAUACUACAUAACAUUUUGAACACAGUGUAAAUAAUGAAGAGUGCAGUCUUGUGUAUUGUAACACCAUGUAGUUUGUUGAGAGCUAAACAUUGAGCAUGUCUGUGCAGUGCAGUACAAGCUUGCUGCCUGCUUCUGCUUGUUUCUUCCUUGGCAUACUACUCGACCCUGAAGGUGAAAGUGAUAUGCUCCUCCAAAACAUCAAGCAUUUUCUGAAUUACAUGGCAUUACAACCUUAAAGACAGUGAGUGUUAUGAGAACCUCAUAUUCAGCAUAAUAUAAAUAUAUUGCUUGUUUGCUUAGCAUACCCGAUAGAGGCAGUAUUUUUCUUUAGAAUGAUGGUAAACUUCUACCAGAUUACACAGUGUUGAAUCCUGGAACACAGUACUUUCCUAAGCCAUUUACAUCACAUAAAUGCCAUACCAUAACUUCAGCAGUUAUAUUGUGGAACAUCUUUGAGGGUGCAUCUCUGAUUUUGGUUUCAGUCAUAUGUUGAAAAUAGACUCUAAUAACAUUUUAAUGAUAUAAUCUAUGUCACAGACAAUGACAGAUCUUCAGAGAUGUUUAGACACAUUAUGGUCAACUUCUCACUAUGGAAGGUGUAAGUUAAAUCCCAGGGUAGUCCUUGCAGUGGUGGAUGAAGUGAUAGUGUGGCAUAUUUUUCUCUUAAGUACUUUGAGUUUCCCCUUCCAGUUACCAUUUCAUAAAUUCUCCAUAACCAUUUAUCAUUAUGGGCUGGUAAAACAGACCCAUUAAGUCCACAGCAUCAAAGGUCUUGGACUUAACCACACUCCCACAGGCAACUGUAUUACAUCCGGUACUGAAUGAUGCUUAUUGGUGCAGCAAAAUGCAUCCCUCAUUACUAUACAUACACUUGCAACUUGUUAUUGUAAUUGCUGUUGAUUCUCACGUAUUUUUUAGUACUGUUAAGAUCUUUUUACAGUGGUAUGAACAAUUAUUUUGUAGUAUUAUUUUUAACAUUGCCUAACAUCCAAGGUUACUAAAUCCACUAUAUUUUAGAAACUGAUUCUGCUUCCUUCUUCAGGCAAACAGGACAUGAAAGGAAAUCUACUCUGUUGGGACCCUCUGUGAAGCUACUGUGGAAUCAUGGGAUAUGAGUAGCUGUAUCGAGGAGCCUAGCUGAGCAAGAUUUCUUAUGUAUUCAUUUCACCAGAAGACAAAAAUAGAAUCAAUUUCUGAAACAUGGUAGUUUAGAUAAUCUUGUAUGAUGGACAGAGUCCAAAAUAAUAAUUUUUAGUAAGAGUACUGCAUGAAAAAAUACAGAUAUCUUGUUAAAAUAUUUCUCUUUCUGCAUCUUGCAAGCUUCAGGUAUAUAGUGUUGAGUUCCUGGUCGCCGGCAACAUAGAAUGAGUUAAAUGCACUGCAUAAUGAGACUGCUGCAGCAAUCAGAAUGCUUUAAGCAUUGUUUAUGGAAACUGGAAGAGUGAUUUAUAAAAUCAACAUCACAGUGAAGAAAGAUGCUUUGUGGUUGUAGUUGGGUGUAGUUUCACAUUGAACUAAGCAGAAAACUUGAUAACAUUUAUCUAAAUUAUUUAUAACAAUUUAAGCCAUAUUCAAAUAGUGUUUGUGUGCCCCACAAUUCUUUCACAGCAACAUUUCUUGUGAAAGAAAGGAAUUUGAACAACCAUGGAUCCCAACCUUGACUACUUACAUCAAGGUUUCAAGAAAAAUUGGUUCAUACCAUUCAGUUAAGAUUUAGAAAAAUUAAAAAAAAAAAAAGCGC